AAACCCAGCCCUUUUCCAGCAAAUACACAGUUGCCAUUUUCAUUUUUUAAUUAUAUAUUGUUUGGCCGUUUCCUCUGCGUUUUUCUUAUGUCUCUUUUUUCAGUCUUGGUUUUUGUUUAUUGCAAUAAAAUAUUCUCAGCUCUGAUGGACUGAAGACAGACUUUGACAGUGGAGCAAAUCUAAACUUUCUGGAAGUCGGUUCUUGAGUUCAUCUAUCAGUGUAUCCAAGGUAGUACGAUUGUGCUGUUGCUCGUUCUUUUCUUUCUUUCUUUCUUUUUUUUUUUUUGGUUUAAAAACAGAGGAUUAGUAAAAGAGAGUUAAAAAAAAAAAGUUUCCCUUUAUGGUUAUUAUAAUGAGGGACUUUCCUUCUUGUUUUGGUGAAAGCGGUGUUCAAGUAGCUGAUUCAUCAUCUUCAAGUGCAGCUAAAGCUGCUCAAAACUUGGUUACUUGUGUUUAUCAGUUUCAAUUACACGGUCGUUCGUGUUUAAUCACGGUUACAUGGACCAAGAAUAUGAUGGGUCAAGGCCUUGGUGUUGCUAUUGAUGAUUCAGCCAAUCAAUGUUUGUGUAAAGUUGACAUGAAGCCCUGGUUGUUCUCUAAGAGAAAAGGAUCGAAGACUAUAGAUGUAGAUUCUGGUAAAAUUGAUAUAUGUUGGGACUUGUCUAAUGCUAGAUUUGGUUCCGGGCCAGAACCAGUUGAAGGGUUUUACCUGGCUGUUGCACUUGACCAGGAAAUGGUGCUGCUUCUUGGAGAUUUGAAGAAGGAAGCAUCCAAGAAGAUUAACAUUAGCAGUACUCCUCUUAGUUCCGACGCUGUUUUCAUUGCAAAAAGAGAGCAUAUUUUUGGGAAGAAGUUUUAUGGUGCCAAGGCUCAGUUUUGUAACAAGGGACCGAUUCACGAUGUUGUAAUCGAGUGCGACCCCUUCGAUCUUAAGGAUCCAUGCCUUGUUAUCCGCAUUGAUAGUAAAACAGUGAUGCAGGUGAAGCGGCUCAAGUGGAAGUUCCGCGGCAACCAUACCAUUUUGGUGGAUGGACUUCCGGUGGAAGUGUUCUGGGAUGUGCACAACUGGCUAUUUGGCAAUGCUAUGGGCAAUGCUGUUUUCAUGUUUCAAAGUUGCAUCUCUGCAGAGAAGUUGUGGACUGGCGACUCUGCAUUUGAUCCAUCUCUAUUGACAUGGUCUUCCUCUCAAAAGCUUAAAGAUCAUCACCAAGUACAGGGUCUUGGCUUUUCAUUAAUAUUGUAUGCUUGGAAGCAUGAAUAGAAGUGUAAACUUUUUUUCUCACUAGUGAGAUGUAGAAAAUACCUUCUACUAUGAUUUUUCAUUGAUGGGAUUGAAAUAUGGUACAUGCAACAUAAGAGUUGUGGUUCA